AGAAGUGCCCCUUUAGCGCCCCCUUCCUCCACCAGCGCCUCUGUCUUCAUAUCCAGCCGACCCUCCUCACGUGUCCUGGGCUCUCUCUCUCGCUCCCUCUCUCUCUCUCACAUGACCGAGUGUUUGUUCCCGUGAUCACGACUUCCAUCCCCGUCGAGGAACCGAAUAUCACUUUCUCCUCCAACCCUGAUGGAUAUACAGGAACACAGUCUGGACACCGAAAGCAGCCAAUCAAAACAAGAAGAAGAGGAGGGUGUGGGCAUAUCUGGAGGAGUGGAGGAGCAGACGGCUGCGUUUGUCGACCACAACAUCCAGUACCAGUUCCGCCCCGAAGGCUCGCAGGUGACCUAUCGCGUCGUCGCGGUAGCGGAGCCACAGCCGGAGACGAGGGAUAACACGGCGGUGAGCGUCGUUUCCACGGCAACCUUCGCCGGGGCUCCCCAGAACACCUUCAGCGAUGUCAGCCCAGUUGGUGGGGAGGCGCGCUUCACGUAUUUUCCCGCCGCGGCAGUGAGCGAUGUCCACACGACCUCCGACCCCUCGCUGACGCCGGCCGGAGGUCAGUUCUAUGUGAUGAUGAGUCCGUCUGAUGUCAUCCCCACUGCCGGCAGGAACCUAACGUCUCACCCGUACUCUCCAGAAGACGGUGCUGAUCUACAUGACGCAGCCUGGAAGAUGGAGGGGGCGAGGACUCCGCGUGACCAGAAGAGGAGAGCGCAACAUAACGAAGUGGAGCGGCGGCGCAGAGACAAGAUCAACAACUGGAUCGUCAGCUUGUCCCAGAUCAUCCCCGACUGUACGCUGGACAGCACCAAGACCGGCGCGAGUAAAGGCGGUAUCCUCUCCAAGGCGUGCGACUACAUCACGGACCUGCGGAAGAAGAACCAGCAGCUGGCGCAGGACCUGAAGGAGAUGGAGCGCAUCCAGACGGACAACCAGCUCUACAGACAGCAGGUCGAGGAGCUGAGGAGUGAGAAUGCCGUGCUCCGAGCCCAGCUGCAACACAACGGCAUCCAGAUCGAGGGCGACACGCCCCCGCAGUGAGGCCCCGCCCGCCCUGACAUCACCGUGACAACAAGGCCAGCAGCAGCAGAGCCUGAGGCGACAGGCCGACACACCAGACUAUGAGGAACCGCACUCCCCUCGUUCUCAACUCAACCAGACUUUCCCUCCUACAACUCCUGGAGGAGCAGAAGCAGGAUGUGGAGGAGGGGAUCAACUCCACAACCCCCCCCCCCCCCCCCCCAUCACCUCUUCCCCCUCCCCCUCCCCCUCCCCCUCCCUUCUACUCUUCCACCCUCUCCCAUCCCUCAGCUCCUCCUCCCCACCCCCUCUUCACUCCUCCUCCGCCCCCCCCCACAACAGAGCAUCUCUGCCGAUAUCGCCGUGGACUCGUGGUGUGUGACUAAGUAUGUUUUAUUUGUUUUUUAUUAUAUAAUGUUUUAUUUUUUACCUCCAUAUUAUCAAUUUCCUGCAGGUUUAUUUUCAGCUUUUCUUGGUUUAAUUUAUUAGUCGCUUGUUGGCACAGUAGCAGCUGGAGAAGCUGUCUGUGUAUCAGAACGCUGUUUCGUGGCCACAGCUAAUGUCUAGAUAGAGCUACAUGCUAACACUGCUAAAGGCUAACGCUCUUGUACCAUCGGGUUGAGGAGCCUCACACACCUGCUGUAAACACACUGAUCAAUAACUGAUUAACUCUAUGCUGGCCUUUGGUUGUAAAGCUAACGUAACGUGUAGACCCCCCGCCCCCCCCCAAAUUCGUUAGGAUUACUGGACUUUGGGGCUCAGAACCCGGUCGGCACAACACCGUGCGUGUUCCAAGCUCUGCAGGAUGAAGGGGGUUAGAACAGAGAAGUGCAAGGUCAUGGAAGCCUGCUCCCAAGGUCGCAGAUGUUAACAGAGGGAGGGAGGGAACUAAAUAAAGGUGAGCUUUUGUUCUUAUAACUGAAGGGAACAAAUCCCAGCUGUUGGCUCUAUUUUAGUCUCGCAAUACUUCAAAUACUUCAAGUGCUACCGAGCGACCCCCUGGGGAAUGGCGGUGCUCAAACACUUUCUGCCCCAGCACGGAGGAGAAGGAGAUGAGGAGAAAUCUCAUCCGCCAAGGUACAAAAUAAAGAAAUAUUUUCUGAG